GGGAUUGCAUUUUGUAGUUUUGGUUUCAGAACAACAAAGAAUGCUUCGUUUGUUAGUGAUGCUUUUGGUCAGCUCAAGGAGUUUCCCUCGAGAGUUGAGGCCUUGGACAUUGAGUGUUGAAAUUGAGAUGAGGUUUUUAGUGCGGCAUGGGAUAUUUACUAGUGGUGUUUUGUGGUUGGAUCUAAUUGAGUUGUUGGUACUUGUGGGUGAAUU